UCUUCAACAAAGCGAUUCCAACAAUCACAAACUUGGAUAAGCUUCUCUUUGGCCUUCGCCGGAGUAAGCCGCCCGGCGCCAUCACAAACGGCCACACCUCAUUGGAUGCUGAUCGUCAUCGCCCCAUAAUUACAUCAGCGAUCGUACCUUGCGACAGGCUCACGAGGGCAGGAACAACCAUCACCUGCAUUUUUUCUUCCUGCACCUGCCCAGAAAAGACCGAUCGGCCGAUAUUCGGGCUAUCAAUCAACUGCAAGCAAUCCAACAUUGAUGUCUCACCUCAAUUGAAGAUUGGUCGAUCAUCUUGGAUACUCAUCAUUCGCGUCAAGGCUUGACGGACUUUUAAGCAAAUGCCAAGCUAGAGCCUUGUUCUCAUCGUGGCGCGUGUCAGCCCCGCCAAAUAAUUCUCUCCAGAUCCGCUACGCACAUCCUACGUCACCACUCGCUCGACUCGAUCCUCCAAAGCUUGACAGGGUGAUCAUCAUCCUAAGCUUUCCCAAGGUCUGAAGAGGCCUUUGGACUGCAACGAAUUAUUCAUCAUGGCGCCCUCACGAAACAACUCCUCGAACGCCGCCGCCAGGGCCAUGGCUGUCAAUCGAACAGCCUCGUCUGGUUCAUUCCAUGCUGGCGCGCCGAUCCCUACUCUCAGCUCCUUGCGACGACAGUCUCAUCGAUACCAGACUUUUCCUACCACUCCUCCCAAGACUCCUCUCGAGCAACCAUACGCUCCUUCGAAUGGAAGCGAUUCCGAAGAUGAAGACGAUCACGAAGAGACGCCUUUGCCCGUGCGACAGCUGCUGUUGCUUGCGUUUCUCUCCCUUGCGGAGCAGACCGCGCUGAACUCGAUAUCGCCGUAUUUGCCUGAGAUGGUACUCAAUAUGCCCGGUAUUCCUGACGACGAGGCCGGUCUAUAUGUCGGAAUUCUUGCGAGUUCUUUUGCAUUGGCGCAGCUGUCGACCAACUUCCUCUGGGGAUAUGCCUCGGAUGUCAUUGGACGUAAGCCAGUUCUAAUCAUGGGCACGACCGCUUUGAUGGGUUGUUUCUGCGUCUUUGGCUUCUGCAAGGAAUACUGGCAGAUCGUAGUCGUCCAUGUCGCAAUGGGUCUCCUCAAUGGAAAUGCCGCGUGUGUUCCGACUGUGCUGGGAGAAGUCACGGAUCGCUCCAACCAGAGCCGUGCUUUCACAUAUCUGCCUGUCAUUUACUCCCUCGGCAGUAUCACCGGACCUGCACUGGGCGGCAUUCUUGUCGGUAGGAUGGGCAAAGAAUACCCUUAUCUUGCCCCUAACAUUCUGUCCGCUGGUCUCCUGGCCCUCAGCGUGGUGGUGGUCAGCAUCUGGUUCGAAGAGACACUGGACAAGACUGAAGUCAACUUUGAGAAGCCCGCCUGGGUCGAGAAGAUUAUUUCCUGGUUCUCUUCACCCACGCCCCCGCCUCGACGAGCAUCUUGGAGCGCGCGCUGGCCUCGAUCCCAAUCCCAGAACCAACCCCUUCUCUCCUCCAGACGAGCGCUCGAAUCCGAUGACGAUGAUGAAGAGACCGAGAACGACGACGACGAUAGCGAUAACAAGGCCGAUCCGGCAAUGUCUGCAUGGAAAGACCUCAGCCGAACCACGGUCCUCAUUCUGUUCACAUAUCUCGUCUUCCAGCUCUCCAACAUCUCCUUCAACAGUCUUUACCCUAUCUUUGCGGCUACGCCAGCACCUGCCGGCCGCGACUUGUUGCCCAGUAAGAUUGGCAUCAGUCUGAGCAUCGCAGGUUUGGCAAGCUGCAUCUUCCAGGCCUUCCUCUUCCAGGCGCUCAAGGUCAGAUUGGGUAAUCUCGGUACCUACCAAAUCUCGCUUCUGGGACUGGGUAUCAGCAUGCUACUCAUGCCGUGGGUUGGCUACGCCGACAGUAAACCUUUGUUUGGCCUGGGAAGCGGCAAAAUGUGGCUGUACAUCGAGCUUGGUGUCGUGCUGAUCUUGAAGAACCUGUGCGCCGUGGGGGGUUUGUCGAGCGUCAUGCUUCUGAUCACCAACUCUGCUCCGUCACACUCCAGCCUUGGUAGUCUCAAUGGCAUGGCGCAAACCCUCUCCGCUCUUGGGCGCAGCUUCGGGCCUUUCGUGUCAGGCGGUCUCUUCAGUCUGUCCAUCAACAUCCGACCUAAGGGUGAAGCACUGGCCUGGAGCAUCUUCGGCGGUCUGGCCAUUUUGGGCUGGGUGUCUUCUCUCUUCAUCCGCCGCGACGGCCUUGAGAGCGACGAUUGGCAAGGCUCGGAUGAGAACCUCGCUGAGCAGGAGGCCGACGUCGCAUGAGCUCACUGCGACAAAACAACACCAGAAAAUACAAUAGAUCGGGUUGGCAUUUAGCAUUGGGUUGGUGGGGUGCAUAUGGGACAUGGUCGCUUUGACGCAUUGUCCGGGCGUAUUGGAGAACAGAUAAGGGCUGGGGCUGCUUUUGAGAGUUGAGCGACGAAGUCACGAUGAAGACGUACCACCUAGGGAUUUACUAUUGUACGAUUGAUAUAUAGAGUUGGAUAUCGCUGCUUUUAUUUAAGCUGGCUGAAUGAGUCCGCGAUAGGUUGUAUAUCCUGACACUUGCUGUCCUCGCCUCUCUUGUCAUGAUUGAGGUGUGGUCGGCAUGUCAAAGCUCUGCCUCGUUCAGCCCAGGGCAAUCUAUUUGACGAUGUACUAAAUUUUCAUCUCAUCCGAAACAAUUAGCUCAACUUACUCAUCUAACAAACAUGAUAUCUUUAUCUCAUCUAUUUGACUUCCUCCUUCUUCUCUUUCACCCGCCUCUCCUCCCUCUCACUGAACCGAUCCCCAAAUAGAUCAAAAUGCGGCCUCAUGACAAUAGUAUACUUCACAAGCUCCUCCAUGCAAUCGACAAGGCGAUCUCGAUUUCCACUUGGCAGCAUGCGACUUCCCUCGGUCUCGUCCGUAAACUGUGUAUAAGCCUUUGGUACAGAACUCUGAUUCGGUAUCGUAAACAUUCUCAUCCAGCGCCCGAGAAUACGUAAUGAGUUAACGGCGUUGAAUGAUUGUGACCCACCGCUUACUUGGGCGAUGGCGAGAGUUCGACCUUGUGUUGGGCGGAUGGAGCCUGUUGAGAGGGGGAUCCAGUCUAUUUGUUGUUUGAAGAUGCCGGUCUGCUCUUGUGUUAGGU